GCACUCUCAGUCACUGCUGGAAAGAGGAGCUGGGAGGAUGUGCGCGCUCUCACCGCGGCUCCCCACGGCACGACGAGAGCACCGGCAGAAAUAAGGAAAGGAAGGCGAACCGAGAGCCGAGGAGCCCUCCCAGGCCGAGCAGAGGGACCACGAGGGGCAGCGGAGCCGCUCUUCGCCCGUGCGGAGCCCCCGCGCCGCUUUGGCAGUGCCGGAGAUUUGGGCCUUUUCUCCUGCGUUGUUCCUUCCACAGACCGAGCCUUCUGCCUCCUCCUGCUUUUUACUUUCCUCCCCCGCGCCUUCCCUCGGUGGAUAUGGACAGAAGGGGGAUCACUGCAGAGAAGCAGCAGCCGCCAGAACAUAUUUGAGCCCCGGGUGCGCGGAGCGUGGCACAGACUUUUUGUGUUUCUGUGGGUGGUGUGUGUGUGUGAGUGAGUGUGUGUUGGAGGUGUGGGAGGAGGGAUUGGUUUGCCUGGGGGUUGGCUGAGGGGGUGAGUGCUCGGAUGAAGACCUCUUUUUGCCGUGAUUCUGUGCUCCAUCGGGGCAGCUUGGAGACUUGGAGGGUUUGAAAUUGUAACGCGAACCAAGAGAAAAGAAAGAAGUGAGAGACACGCAUACAAAAGGAUUUAUUUCCUCUCCGUUAGUGGAUUGCUGAGGGAGAAGGAGGAAAAACACAAGGAAACUAAAAAAUGGAGACUGUAAGUAGAAGCAGCUUCCAGCCUCAUCCAGGACUGCAGAAGACCUUGGAACAGUUUCAUCUGAGCUCUAUGAGCUCCCUGGGUGGCCCUGCUGCUUUCUCAGCACGAUGGGCACAGGAGAUGUACAAGAAAGACAAUGGCAAAGACCCAGCGGAACCUGUACUGCAUCUGCCCCCGAUCCAGCCUCCUCCGGUCAUGCCUGGUCCCUUCUUCAUGCCCUCGGACAGAUCCACGGAGAGGUGCGAGACCAUCCUGGAAGGGGAAACCAUCUCCUGCUUCGUGGUGGGCGGAGAGAAGCGGCUUUGCUUGCCCCAGAUCCUGAACUCGGUGCUCAGGGACUUCUCCCUGCAGCAGAUUAAUUCAGUGUGUGAUGAGCUACAUAUUUACUGCUCCAGAUGCACUGCUGACCAGCUGGAAAUCCUCAAAGUCAUGGGCAUCCUGCCCUUCUCCGCUCCUUCCUGCGGGCUCAUCACGAAAACUGAUGCUGAGAGGCUUUGUAACGCCUUGCUUUAUGGUGGCACCUAUCCUCCCCACUGCAAGAAGGAAUUCUCUAGCACAAUUGAGCUGGAGCUCACGGAGAAGAGCUUCAAGGUGUAUCAUGAGUGCUUUGGGAAGUGUAAGGGACUCCUGGUGCCAGAGCUUUACAGUAACCCCAGCGCAGCCUGCAUCCAGUGCUUGGACUGCAGGCUCAUGUACCCACCUCACAAAUUUGUGGUCCACUCUCACAAAUCGCUGGAAAACAGGACUUGCCACUGGGGCUUUGACUCUGCAAACUGGAGAUCCUAUAUCCUCCUCAGCCAGGAUUAUACUGGGAAAGAGGAGAAAGCUAGACUGGGCCAGCUCUUAGAUGAAAUGAAAGAAAAAUUUGACUAUACCAACAAAUACAAGAGGAAAGCCCCCCGGGUGUCUUCAGAUCCUCCUGCUUCCAAAAAGCCCAAAAUAGAUGACUCUGCUUCCCAAUCUCCAGCUUCUACUGAGAAGGAAAAACAGUCCAGUUGGUUACGGUCCUUAUCCAGUUCAUCUAAUAAGAGCAUCGGCUGUGUCCACCCCCGGCAGCGCCUCUCCGCCUUCCGGCCCUGGUCCCCCGCGGUCUCUGCCAGCGAGAAGGAGCUCUCCAGCCACCUGCCCGCCCUCAUCCGCGACAGUUUUUACUCCUACAAGAGCUUUGAGAGCGCCGUGGCCCCCAACGUGGCCCUGGCCCCUCCAGCCCAACAGAAGAUCGUGAGCAACCCUCCCUGUGCCACCGUGGUGUCCCGGAGCAGCGAAUCCCUGGGCUCUGCCCAGCCCAGGAAGAGGAAACACGGCACAGAGCACACGGCUGUCCCCGAGGCUGCGGCCACCGCGGCCACCGUGGCCACUGCUGCCACCACGGCCACCACGGCCACCGCCCCCGAGGAGGACAAGGAGUCGGAAGCAGAGAUUGAAGUAGAAACCAGGGAAGAAUUCACCUCCUCCUUAUCCUCGCUCUCGUCGCCGUCCUUCACCUCCUCCAGCUCUGCCAAGGACAUGAGCUCCCCCGGGAUGCAGCCCCCAGCCCCCGUCAGCAGCUCCUACGAGGUGCCCGCGCACCCCGACCCCCACAGCAGCGGGCUGGAGGCUGAGCUGGAGCACCUCAGGCAGGCCCUGGACAGCGGCCUGGACACAAAAGAAGCCAAAGAGAAGUUCCUGCACGAGGUGGUGAAGAUGAGGGUGAAGCAGGAGGAGAAGCUGAACGCGGCCCUGCAGGCCAAGCGCAGCCUGCACCAGGAGCUGGAGUUCCUGAGAGUGGCCAAGAAAGAGAAGCUGAGGGAAGCGACGGAGGCCAAGCGCAACCUGCGGAAGGAGAUCGAGCGCCUGCGAGCCGAGAACGAGAAGAAGAUGAAGGAGGCCAACGAGUCUCGGAUCCGGCUGAAGCGGGAGCUGGAGCAGGCGCGGCAGAUCCGCGUGUGCGACAAGGGCUGCGAGGCCGGCAGGCUGCGCGCCAAGUACUCGGCACAGAUCGAGGACCUGCAGGUGAAGCUGCAGCACGCCGAGGCCGACCGCGAGCAGCUCCGCGCCGACCUCCUGCACGAGCGCGAGGCCCGCGAGCACCUGGAGAAGGUGGUGAAGGAACUUCAGGAACAACUGUGGCCCAAAGGCAGCAGCCAGCCCAGCAGCGAGAGCACCUCGAGCCCCAUGGAGAACUGACCCUCGCCCCCAGCACGGGGAGGGAGCGGACUGGGAGUGCACGUGUGAGUAGUGGUGUCCUGGCACACACUUUAGGAAUAUGGAUUCUCAGUAGCUGGAAGGCAAAUGUUGUUACUCUCUAGAACAGAAGCACUGAAUUCCGCCUCUUUUUUUUUCCCAAUCCAUAUAGCACAACAUCUUACUGUGCCUAGAAAACACAAAGUGUUUGUAAACAAAAUACUUUUAAGUCCACAGCAAAUUUUCUACUGGCAAACUCCAAGCAAAGCAGCGUGGUCCAGCUAAACCCGGAGUCCAGGGCGAGCACGGCAGUGGCUUUGUGUUCUCCUACCUGUUGGAACAUUUUGGAAUUUCAAAACAAACCACCUUUUCUUAUAAGCUAUUUAAAAUAAUUCAUUACACAGACUUGGUAUUAAAAAAAAAUUAACGAGAUUUUUAUAAUGAACCUUUAAAAGCAAAACAA